AUGAAGUUGUCUAUUUUCACUUCUCUUUUAUUUUUUAGAUUUUUUAAUCUAUCCUCCUGUACAACUAAAGAAGACGAAAAAUCUUACAUUCGAAACUUAUUUAGUAAAAUUAAACUCCAAAGUCCAGACAACCAUGCAGAGUGUAGUAUUAGCGAUAUGCUUCUUGAUAAUAAGUUCGAUAUACAAUUGAUGAAAGAAAAUGAUUUGAAAAUGCAAUACACGCGUUUUAAAGCUUUUUACGAUUUAAGUUUGUAUUUUGUUUCUGGUAGAUUGGAAAAUUUUCCCUAUGAAAAACUCAAUUUUUUUUCUUUUUAUUAUUAUACAGAAUUUGUUAAUAGAGUGAAAGGAGCAGCUAAGAACAAAACUGAUACAAGAGGCUAUGUAAAAUUUAAAAUAGGCUUUUUCACUGAAAACGCUACAACACUAAUAGUACCUAAUUUUAAAAAGAUAUAUCAUGCUUUUUGUAUUCUACAAAAUUUUGAGUAUGAAAAAUUAUUAAUGGAGAGUGAACAACUAUUAAAGGCAAGUAUUAAUUUUCAGAAAAAAGUAGGUUCUUGGCGUGAUAAAUAUAUAAUAGAUCUUUAUUGGUUUAAUAAGACAUUUAUAGAAAAAUUGUAUUGUUUUUCUAAACCUUAUAAUAUUGAUAAUGAUGAGAAAUAUUGUUAUAUUUUAUUUCGUUAUUUAUACAAAAAGUUAUCAAGAUCCUCGUUAUUUAAGUUAAAUACAUUUAUAAGAAUUUAUAAAAGAGAUAUAAGAGAAGAUGAUAUUGACGAUUUUUUGAGGUGGCUUGAAAAUAAUGAUACUCAACUUCUUUAUGCAGAUUAUUUCAAAAGAAUUAGGUAUAUUUCUACUUUUUUCUUUGAGAUUGUACGUUUGCAGUUAUCGGAAAUAAAAAAUAGUAAAAACGUAAAAGAUUAUAAAAAAGAAUUAAAUUUUUAG